AGCCGAUCAGGUUGCUAAGUGCAUCAAGAAGUGUGAUGGACGCAGGUCAUGCGCGGUAAUGGAUAGGCGCCAGCACGGGAGAGGAUCCGAGUUCCACAACCGGCGGCAUUUCUGUUGGUGUAUCUCGCGGGGUUAAGACUAGGGUUUAGAUCGAUCUCGUCGCACGCCUUAGAUACAAUACCCCGUAUUCCUCGUCGAGCUUUGCGGGAUUCCCUCAGCCUACCCGCCAGAGGAAUUUGAUCGCUGUUAUGGCGAAGUCUUGGCGCAGACAUCGCGCGCCUAUUGCUGCUCGCUACUCGCCCCUUGCCAAUUCUAAUCUAAAUGGCCAGAUUGAUGAUUGAUGAUCAAGAUUUAGGAUUCUUCGCCAAUUUUCUAGGCAUCUUCAUAUUUAUUUUGGUGAUUGCUUAUCAUUAUGUGAUGGCAGAUCCAAAGUAUGAAGGAAACCAAUGUUAAGAUUGUGGUGUUUUAGAAGGAUUCAGAACUUCUAUCUAUGGGUCUUAUAUCUAAACGACAGUUUUUCCGGUUUUACAUAAAACUUGAGCCAGAAACUUGUAAGAAUUUUGCGUCUGCUUCAUAAUGAGGUAACUCUUGGCCUUCGGUGCCCAUUUUUAUAAGUACUACAUGAAUAUAUUGCCUCUUUA